AUGUCUCAAACAGAAACGAAUGCGGUUGAUCCUUUAGAGCCACGGAAUAUCCUGGCAAUAUUGGAACAGGCACUGCUUGAAAAGAGUUCACAAACUGAGAGUGAAAGUUCAGAACCUAAAGUGAUUUUUCAUUCUAAUCAAGAUGCACUCGCAGCAUUAUUCCACUCGAUUAUGGAAGCUGUAGGUUUUCGGCUUGUUGGACUUGGUGAAGAAGAUAAUGACGACAAUAAUAUGGAUAGGGAUUUCGAAGGCUUUAUCGUUGGCCUCCCAAAAGGGUGGAAUUCUCAAGGUCCUAAUUCGUACGCCUUUCGCUACAGGCACCCACAAUCUUCUUUAACUUUCUUAGUUAAAUGCAUUCGGUUGGCCAAUAAAUUUUUGAUUAAUGCCAUGGGAAUUGAGGAUAACAAAACUUGUACUCUUGAAGUGAUCUCAAAUGAUCAUACUUCAUCUUCGAUUUUCCCAUAUACUGCUGAGAAGCAACAUUCCGAACCUCUUGCAAAUAUAUUUAUAUCAUCAAGUCGUAUUAAAGAUUUAAUUAGCAUUUAUAAAAUUAAUAUUUUACAAAGAUUGAUUCCAGGAUUAAAUAAACCUGGAUAUGAAGAAACGCGUACAAAUACGACUGGUAGUACUCAAUCUGAAAGAAGGCAGCCACAACCUGUCGCUGAUGAUCCAUUACGUAUUCCUACGCGUCAACCACCACGUUUUCGACCACCUAUUUUUGAUGAUCCUUACGGAGGUGACGAACCUUUAUCAAUCUAUAAUAAUCCUUUGGGUGUUGGUCAUGAUGAUCUUGAUCCACUUGGCUCUCGUCCAAUCAUUGGUCCAAGGUUCGGUGGUGGUGCUUAUAACCCUUUUGGCGGGCCAAGUCGAGGUGGUGGAAUGUAUGUAGGGCCAAAUCACCCAAUGUUUGACACACGCCCUCCAAACAGUGGUGGAAUUUAUGGUGGUCCACAAACUCUACCAAGAGGUGCGGUUCCACCGGGUGCGAGAUUUGAUCCAAUUGGACCAUUUGGACCACAACCUGGUCGGUUGCCGGGUCGUGGUGGUAGUGGAGGUUUUAGCGGUGACCCUGAUAAUGAUGAAUUGCCACCGCCCAUUCGUCUUGUGCUGUUUAGCAUAAAACAAAUUCAAUUUAUGUUUGAUUCGUCUCAUCGAGACGAACCCGAUAUUUCUGAAAAUAUCAAUCAGAAUCGAACCGAGCGAUUCGUCUCGGUGAGACGAAUUUCCCAAGUUUUAGAUCCAGGUUAUGUAAUAUCUAUGGAUUGA